AUGCACCGGUUAUUCCACUCGUAUACGUCGGCUAGGAGGGAGUAUCGGAGUGAAGAAGUCGAGAAAUCCGGCAAGAAGAAGAAGGGCAAGAAGGAGAACAAUGGCUCCGGGCAGUAUUUGCAUACCUACGAAGCGGUGCACGGGAAUGCGACUGGGAAGACGGCCAGAGAGGCACUGUUGGAAUGGGCCCAAGAGGCAACGGAUGGCUACCCACAAGUCCGGGUUUCCAAUUUCGGAUCUUCGUGGAGAGACGGCCUCGCGUUCAACGCUAUUUUACAUCGAUACCGGCCACAUCUGGUCCAGUGGAGCCACGUCAUCUCCUCCGGCCGCUCAAACUUGGAACGACUCGAGCAUGCCUUCGCUCUGGCCGAGCGCGAGUUUGGAGUCACACGGCUUAUGGACCCUGAGGACUUCGAGUCAACGAACGUCGACGAAAAGUCGGUAAUCACCUACGUGUCGUCGCUGCACAACGCCCUCCCCCCGCUCCCCGAGCUGUCAAAGUUCUGGCACGAGUGCCUGCUGGCCUCCGUUCGUCUACAGCGCAUCGAGUCGGAGUACAUCCACGAGGCCCAGUCAUGGCUCACCUGGGUACACGAUACAACUGAAGCAGCCGACUGCCGCCUUUUUGUCGGAACUCCAGAAGGGCUAUGGGCUGAGGUUGAACAACUACGAGCCGUUCAUCUACCCCAAAAAGCCGACGAGCUCGAGAAACUGGAGCACAUCUACGCCGGACUCCUCGAGCAGAUCGGAGCCGACAAAAUCGAGAUUGAGCACGAGCUCCAGGGUCCUGCUCUCAGGGCCCAGUGGCUGGCGCUCAACGCUGCGAUUGACCGCCGACAAGCCCUGCUGGAUGAACGGGCCCAUGCACAGACGAACACCUCCGAUCUGCUGAGUCGGCUGAAGCGGGGCUGUGAAAUUGUCGGGGAAAAGUUGGAUAUUGUACUCGUCGACAUCGAGUCACUUGAGAAAGUGUUGGAAAGGUUGCCACCGAGUGAAUUGGAGCGUAAGCUCCUCGACGUGCUCACGCAGCUCUCCGACCCGAUUGAACUGCUCGACAAAGAUGUGGAUGAGCUAGACGCGUUGCGACAUCCUGAUGCGGUGUUUUAUCGCAAGAAAGUCGUCGCCCUCGAACAACGACGCCAACAAUACAUCGAACGCCUCAAGUUCCGCAUCGCCGACAGACUUGCCGCCCGCACAGAAACCAUCCGCCUGGAGCAGAGCAGACGCACAGAAGCCGCCCGGGCUUCAUCUUUCUCGCGAGUUGAAGAGGCGAUCAGAUGGGUCCGAGAGUAUUCGGAUCGCAUCCAUCGCAUCCACUUUGUCGACGGGCUUGAACUGCUAGAAGAAGCGUUUGAUCAGCACAAGAUUGACAAUAGGGAUAUUCAAGACUAUCGGCAGUCGGUGGAUCAGUGUAUUGCAAGACAGAACGACGUCUCCGCCGAGGACACCCACACCUACUACAACCUCCUCCGAUCCCUCGAGAGCGAGUACCAACAGCUUCGCGACUAUUCUGCAGGCAGAAUGCUUGAUCUCGACUCCCUGAUCGCCUUCGUCCGCGCCGCCCAGAUCGAGCUUUGCUGGCUAUCCGAACGCGAGGAGAUUGAGGUCACCCGUGAUUGGGGAGACGUCGAUCGGCUUGACCUUCCCGUGCUCCAGAAUCACAGCAAGAAGCUCAGGCAUGAGAUGGAGCUCAGGGAGAAGCAGUUCACGGAGGUGCACAAUAGGGGAGCCGCGCUGGUCAAUCAGGGACAUCCGGCGGUUGAAGUUAUUGAGGGUUACCUACGGACGAUGACGACGCAAUGGGAUUGGCUUCGCGGGUUGACGCAUGCGCUAGACGUUCAUCUGAAGGAUGCGUUGGAUUAUAAGACGCUAUUAUCGCCA